UGAUAGCCGGGGUCCAGGUGGAUUUCACACCGCCACACAUCCCUGGACCUCUCCCUCAAUGUGUCACCCCCAGCGGCUCAAAGUGUGGCUCCUCCAAACAACAGCACCCUUCACACAAACUGCCUUUUCCUCCCGCAACACCACGAACGGGACUCUUGUAGUCUGCGGAGGCGUUUAACAAAGUUGAAAUUUCCAAUAUGGUAGGAGAGGUUGUUGUUGUCGAGCGGCUUGUUGUCAUGUCCCCGCGGUGCCUGUAGUGGUGCUGUGAGGAGUCUGCUGUGGCUCCAGCUAAAAUCCUCAGCAGCCUACCUACUGCUUGUAAUUCGCUCUGGAUAGCUUCGAUUUCCAUGCAUCCUUAUUUCAAGAUACACCGAGCUCGAUGAAGAUUACGGUUCCUCUCCUGUCGCGAAUAUCGAUGCACGGAAUAGCCUAGCUGAUCCGAGUAGACCUUUCGGCCGUCUAUCUGGAGCGAAUCCCUUACACAGCCCAUAGCAAUUCAAGCUGAUGUUGUCAAGGACAAGAGUCACGUGAUGUACGAAGGCAAACACAUACACUUCUCAGAGGUGGACAAUAAGCCGUUGUGCUCGUACAGCCCGAAGCUCUGCAAGCAGCGCCGACUCAACGGCUAUGCUUUCUGUAUACGGCACGUUCUGGAGGACAAGACCGCCCCCUUCAAGCAAUGUGAAUAUGUGGCUAAGUACAAUAGCCAGCGAUGUACCAACCCCAUCCCCAAGUCCGAGGACCGCAGGUACUGCAACAGUCACCUGCAGGUCCUCGGUUUUAUCCCCAAGAAGGAGCGGAAAAAGAAACACGAUGCUUUGGAGGACAUGCGCUCGCGGGCUCACCUGGAGUCCGUGGCUCUCAACAUCACCGUGCCCUCUCUAGCUCUGAAAGCUCCCAACGGCCUCGAUGAACUUCCACCGUCUCCCCCCUGUGCACGUCUGUUACCCCUCCCUGACGGGGAGCUCCCGGACCCUUUUGCCUUUUAUGAGGACGACACCGACGGGGAGGAGGUGGGCACUCCUCGGAGGGCCAACGCCAUCAAGAAGAAACUACAGAGUCGGCUGGCGCUCAACCAGAAGCUCUGCCACGACACGGACCUUUUCCAGCCACCUCCUGAGCACUUUAGCCCCUCCCCCGCCCCCCGGGUCCACCCCUCCUCACCGCUCAACGCUCAUCUCCCACGGCAGCCGGCAGGUCUCCUCCAGCCGGCCCAGCACUCCAGCGCAGCAUCCUUCAUCUUCCCAGGACAGCAGCAGGGUUUAUUAUGCAAUCCACCACCACCUCAGUCAGUCAACUUUCUGCCUCCAGGGAUGCCCGCAAAUGCAGCACCCAGUCCAGUGCAACUGUCUGGGCCAUCACUUAGCAGGAAAACGCCUUUCGCUGCUACCCACUUGCCGGUCGGUUGUAAGGACAGUGGCAGUAGCAAUCAGCGGCAAGUGGUUGUCAUGCGUCCCACUGCCUUCUCACCGUCUGCCAGCUGUUUAGCCAGGUUGCAACAUCUGGUGCAGCUCUGUGCCAAGAGACACCGGGAGCAUGGAGACCUCUUUCCACAUCUAGGUUUGGACUGGUCAGAAGAUAGUGCGGAUGAAGAUGAUGAUGAGGAAGAGGAGGCGGAGAGAUUUGUUCCUUUUCAGACCUCAUGGAGACCACAGAACAGGUUGGAAGACGACUGCGGUUCCUCUCGGAGAACACGGUUACUUAGGCUUUGCUCGUACCUCCGGGAGAAAUACAAGCACAUGUGCAGGCAGGAGCGGGCGAGUAUCCGCCAGAAGAGAUACCGCUAUGCCUUCCGCAAAGCCUUGCUGCAUGCCGCCAGCAACAACCCAGACUGUGCUGGGCAGCUGAUCCAGGACUUUGGUGGUGCCUCUCGAUGCUCUCCAAGUGAGGCUCCAGUAAAGCAGGAGAACACAAACACAGGGACCUGCACGGGCAGCACCAAGGGCCAGGCCUGCAGCAACAGAGCGCUGCCUUUCACUCAACACUGCUUUCAGCACAUUCUACUGAAUCGUUCCCAGCAGCUCUUUGCUAGCUGCACAGCCAAAUUUGCCGACGGUCAGCAGUGCUCCAUCCCAGUGUUCGAUAUCACGCACCAGACGCCCCUCUGUGAAGAACAUGCCAAAAAGAUGGAUAACUUCCUGCGUGGAGAUGGGAACCGACGGGUGCAGCACCACGCGCAGCAACAGCGAAAGCCACGCAAAAAGACCAAACCCGCGGCGCUCACCAAAAAGCACAAGAAGAAGAGGAGGAGAGGACCGCGGCGGCCUCAGAAGCCCAUCCCUCCGGCGCUGCCACAGGGGAACCUGGGAAUGCCUUCCACGAGCCUAGCGAUGCACUCCCAGGCCAGCAUCAGGAGCCCUUCCACUCCAGACCUGAGUGCAGAGGAGCUUCCUGACGACAUCACCAAUGAAAUGGCCGACAUUCCAAACGACCUCGAGCUGAACCAGGAGGAUUUCUCCGACGUGUUGCCCCGACUACCUGAAGACCUGCAGGACUUUGACCUGUUUGAAGGUAAGAACGGAGAGCUCCUGCCCACCACGGAGGAGGCUGAGGAGCUGGUGCGUGCACUGCAGGCCAUGGGCUCCUAUCCCGACUCAUUAGUGUGCCUGACCUCCCUGGGAGACCUGGCCCCGUCUGAAGGAGUGGACCACCGAGCCAUGGCCGUGUUCCCGGGUGCGGUGCCCACCGGGACCAUCGGGGAUCUGCUCAGCAGCCGCAUCCCCACAGAGAACUUCACCAGUCUGGAGCUGGAGGAAAACCUACUGCAGUCGACCGGGGGACACUUCCCGCCCUCGCCGCCGUCUCAGCCUGCUAACCAGCCCCCGAGGUCGUGCUCCAGCCUGACCUCCUCUUCCUCCACCGUAGCCCCCCCCACCACCUCACUGCUCACUCAGACCUCCAUAGCAGAGCGAACGUUUCCUCGGACACACACAUCCCACGUCCUGGCCAAGUCGGACCUGCCCACGUCGUCUCCCCACGGCAGCCACUACAGCAGUGAGCAUGUGCCCUCCCCAUACAGUGACCACAUGUCCUCCCCCCACACCGCCUCUUAUCAGACUGACUCCCCCCUGCUGCUGGAAGUCCCUCUCAGCGGGGUCCCGGGACCCCCACGCUCAUCAUGGAAUAAUCUCCCUCUUCCGCUCACCGACCCCACACAGUUUGGCAAUCUCAUAGGUUCGGAGACUCAUCUCAUAUCCACGUCCCUGUCCACUCCCCCCGCCACCACCACCCACUCUGUGACGCUGCAGCCAAUGGCUGCACUCUCAGCGAUGCCUCAGAGCGGCCUGACAGGUCUGACCACGCCCCCCGGCCCCUCCUCCUCCCUCCCCUCGUCCUCGCACGAUCUUCUGACCUCCACACAGCCCAAGCAGCAGCUCCCUCAGUUCAGCGCGGCCUUCGGUCAUCAACUGGCCUCCCACAGUGGCAUCCCGAAAGACGUGCAGCCCAGCCACAGCUCCACAGCGCCUCCUGCUGGCUUCUCCAUAGUUAGUGCCACCGCUGCAAGUGCCAACAGCGCCACACCCCCCUUCACGCAAAGUAAAUGAGAGCAGGCGGCCCGCAGCUGCAGGACGAUGGUCUGUGGACUCAGUCACUUACAAUCCAGCCGACUGGCUUCAGAUUGACCCCCCCCCCUAUUCAUCUGCUACAUGUGUACAAUGUGGUUCUAGUGCACUAUUUGAAAGUGAAUUUGCACAACCUCAGAUUUUUCUCUAUUCUCAUUCUUUUGCGGUUCCUUGGGAUUUGAAGUUGGCGUGAGUCCGCUGGUUUGAUGCCUUGUGGUCUCGUCAGCAGCAGGUCAGAGUCAGAUUUAGUGAUUAAUAUAAACGGGUGAAACUUGGCAGACGGACCUGAGGAGAGAUUAUGUCCCAGUGCUCAGAAUCACUGAAGCUUCGGUCGGUGGUCCGUUUGGUUUUGCUUUGCCAGUUUAAGUCCUGUCUUAAGAUGAUAAUGGACUGUACCCUGCCUUGCUCAGAUGGCCAUUGCUUUGUUUUUAAUUUCUCCACCUUUUUCAUACACUGCCCCCCCCUUCCCCCGAGGAACAGUACAAGUUGUGACAUUUGUGACCCAUUAAGUUUCAAGCUAUUUAACUGUUAUCAUGAUAUAGAAUCUUACCGAGUCAGAUUUCACAGUCGUGUGAAUUUACCAAAAAUACUUUUAAACAGCUGUUUUUAUAUUGUGUAUACUAUAUAUGUGCUCAUUUAUUUGUUUGCUCAGACGUCAAAAUCUCUGACCUCACCGUCGGCUGUGGGACUCCGAGUGGCCUAGUAGACACUUGAAGAAAAAACAUAGUUUCUUAAAGCAAUAAACACAUUAACAUAACUCUAGCAUUGUAAGAUAUUUUAUUGGUCUCAUUACACGUAGCUUCACUCGCUGAGUCCGGACUGCACCGAGAACCUUUGGCCUCUGGACACAGACCCACGAUCAGGUCGGCCUAACGUCGUGUGGAUUUGUGAGGCUAAUAAAUGAGUUUCAGUGUUACAGCAUGGGUAAUGACGGGUAAUCCAGGGAUUUAAGUGUCUACUAUCGAAGGUGCUCUCUGAUCCACACACACACACACACAGUGGUCUUUAGUGACUUGCAUGUCUCGUAAAAGGACUCCCACCAUAAGACGUCGAGGCCGCGAAUUGGCACUGGAAAUUGACAUUUCACCCAUUAGCUCGGUGUAGUGGGAUAUACACAGAUGUGUGGUCGAGCAAAUCCGGAGCAAAGCACCGUCUGUUUUACUCAUACAAGGAUUUUUAAACUAAAUGAUGCAAACCCACAGUCUGGAUUAGAUGUUUGGAGAAUCACAAGGACACAGCAGUACAACCAUGGCGUUUGAUGGUAUAUUAGACAUUUGACAGACCUGUCAGACAUUGUUGAGUAUUAAGUAUAUAGAGUAGCAGUCUCUAUCUUCGGGUUUGUCGGUGAAUUAUUGAGUAGCAAUGGAUUGAAAUUGUAUUUUUGCAACGUAUCCAGUGGAAUCUGUCUUGUAGAAUGAGUCUCUUGUUGUUUAAUGGCUAUCAAAACGGCGGUAAGUUCAGUUUUAAGUCCGAGGGAUCAACGUUUCUAUGCUGUGUACGCCGUCAUUAUGUUUCUAAAUAAUGUUCCGAUGGAGACUAUGUGUUUUUGAUAGCUAUUAAACUCCAGGAUGAAGUUUGAGAUUGCACGGGGCUGUGACAUUUUGUGUGAGAGGAUUAUAAUAUCAAUAUUGGAUCAUGGUCAUUUGGUUGUAUGAAACAUUGGAAUAUAUGCAUCGCCUUUUCAUGUCGUUAUGUGGACAUCAACGUACAAUAUGUUGCUUUUUUCUAAAUAGAUUUGCACAGGAGUGGAUGAGGCCGCUGGUUGUUUCACAUGUCCCGUGUUCGUCUUGUCGUCUUUUUUCCCCUUUUCUUCCUCCUCCGCUUGGACGCUCAUUAAACAAACAGGUGCCAUCAUUACCAGCUUUUAGCCUGCACCACACCGCCCCCCCUUCCCCCCCACCUGUUUCCAGCUGUGAGAAGGCCCAGUUCUGUCUCUUCCCUUCCAAAGAGAAAAACACACGUUACCAAGUGUAAACCUGUAGCUUCACCAGAGACGACAGGGCUUCUCAGUGACUGCAGUGUUUCUCACAAUCAGGUUGGAAGGAAACAAACGAAAUCUUUGCAAGGCAAUACUGUUGUAUCCACAUGACAUGAGAUUAGUCGCUCCACCAGUUUACUCUCCCAACAACCACGUAGAACAAAAUUCACAGGGCUCAUAGGCACAUGUAACUGCUUGAAUUCAGAGAUGGCUGACAAAUUCCUAUACUCAUUGAAUGUACUGUAUUACUGUUUUUAAAGAUAGGAUGAGCUAAUCUAGUCACCUUUUGUUAUUGGUCCUUGUUUAAUUUGUCUAAGGUAUUUUUUGUAUACAAAGGUUUACAUUUUUAUGUAUAUUUUUCUUGUGUACAAAUUAUGUAAUAUGUGUACAAACACUGUAUGUAAUAUCUGUAUAUAGUGUGAGAAAUUUGAUCUUUUGUUUUUGGAUGUAUAAAUAAAACUUGCUGUGAGGUAUUUGCUGACACA